AUGCUCAAGUAUUUCUUCGCCGCGGCAAUUUCUUUUUCUCACUUUGAAGCUGGAACAGGACAGCGCGUUCCGAGUUCGCAGCUUUAUCCAACGCAGAAGGUGAUUCUAGAGAAAGAGGCGCCACAGUUGACGGAUCCGAGGGAUGGAAGGAUUCUAGAGAUUUCGGCUGUUACAGUCCCAGAAAAUGAGUUUAUCGAGGCUCAAGAAAACGUCGGUGAUCAAAUGUGUCCCGUUGUCAGAACAAGUAUGGUUCCUUCAAAAACUGGUCUUCAAAUCAAGCCAGUCUAUUACACCUUCCAAAGAGAAGACAUCGUCGAAGUGGAUGUCUUUGCGAAUAAUGGACUGGUCUUCACCGAGUUUUUUCUUCAAGCAAAAGAUUUAAAAACGAACAAAACGAGCGGCUACUGGAAAGUACUCGACUCGUCUCAAGAAGCGUAUCGCUGCGGAGAGCGAGAUCUCACCCAGCUUUUGGACACGAUUCGCUGGAGGACUCCAGGAGAAACGUCAAAAGUUCGCCUUCAAUGGGUCGCUUCGUUUCCUGGUCUUCCGCGAAUGCCAGAAGAAUUGGUCAUUAUCGGGACUUUCCGGACUGCGACGGGCAAUUAUGAACACACAGUUUCAAAGACGCUUUAUUUGAGAGAUGAUAUUUCGCUGAAAGAAUGCUGCGAACAUGAAAUAACAGACGACUGCAGCCAAAUGUGCACAGCUGCAAACAUGGUCGACUCCCUUUCAAUGGCAACUGAGUCCUGCAAAAUGCAAAUUCACAAAGUCCAGCGAUGCUACCUAACUGGCAAAACAAAAGAUCAAUCUGAUCCGACAGAAAAUGAAAUCAUCACAAAAACCGAUUUCAUGCGAAAAGACUGUUGCGCGAAAGAAUCAAUUGACCAAAAAUGUCUUCCUUUUUGCGCGGAUCAGAGCGUCUCCGAAUGGCCCCUGUUGGUUGGAGAAUGUCAGCAUACAUUGAGACAAGUGACGAAUUGCUGGACGAGUACGAGCUGCGUGAAUAGGUGUAAUGGGCAGUGGAGAGGGGAUUACGCGUGUCAAUGUGAUACAGAUUGUACGAGGAGGGGAGAUUGCUGCCCGGAUAGAGAUAUGGCGUGUAAGCAAAGUUUGCCCAUAGAGCUCGAGUACUGGAAAUCCAAUAAAGUCGACUGCGGCUACCUUCCCGAAUUCGAAACCCUCCCUGAAGCCGACCUAGAAAAGCGAAUCUCUGAAGCAACUUUUGAAGGUCCCGAAGAAGAACCAAUCAUUUAUGGGAUUCAAACGGACAAAGCUUUCGUUCUGAGAAUGACAAGCUAUUUCUUCGUCCGAGCAAAAGGGACGUACAAGAUUUUUAUGAUGCUCGGGCAGCGGGAUACGGCGAGAGUGAAGAUUGACAAUAUUGAAAUCUUCAAAUCAGGAUGCUCCUGGUCAGAAUUACUCGAUGCAACGAUUUACCUGGCUGGCGGUGGACACCAAAUCGUGAUUGAAUUCACAGACACUGGCUACGCGGAUCAACUAAAACUCGCCUACUCUGGCCCCGAUACUCUUCGCAAACCAACACAAAUCCCUUUCGAGCGGCGAGAUGAUAUUCUCUACAUGGGCCCGCCUCCAGUCGUGGCAACACCAGCGUCAACGAUGACGAUGGCAAAGAAAACAACAACGACAACGGCGAAAACGACGACCACAACGCACGAGCUUUUAUCGAGGCCGGAAAUUGAACAUGAAAUCAUGAGUCAAAAUGCAGUGACGCCAAGAUAUUAUGCAACAACAAAGCCAAAGACAGAGCACACUCCUUUUGUUUUCAAUCCAAUGCAUUUUCCGAAUAACUUUCAACGAAAAGCGAAAGACCAAUCUGAGGAAGAACCAAAACGAGACGAUUUGAUCAUCAGCGUAGUCAUCAUAAACGUCGUUUUCCUGUUUAUUAUUCUCGCCUUUGGAUUCCUCGGUUUUCUAAAAUGGAGAUCGUCCAAGAAUUCGAACUCCACAAGGCCCUAUAAUCCAAAACCAUCAGGAAGGACGACAUCCGGACAACAAGGUCGAUUUGCCGAGGCACCUAGCCGAAUAGGUUCAGCUGUAGGCUCAGCCGCUUCAGUGACUCAAGAGCAGCUGCUCAAGGAUCUCGCGAAUUCUGAAACGAAGGUCAAGCCAAAGUCGAAUUUGAUGAGAAAGCCCUCGAUGAAGUCAACGAAGAGUAUCAUUAGCUCGAGAACGGUGGAUUGCGGGGUGGGAACAUCUCCUCCAAUGGCAAGGAAGAUUGAAAGCUUUGAUUCUGGAGUCGGUCUACCGCCCUAUUCCUUCCAUGUUCUACCGAAUCAAAUCUACGCAAAUCACGAAAUCAUCCCGAAUCAUUAUGAAACGCUCUCGCUGAAAUCCGUUCAACCUCGAAAACUCUCCAUCGACUCGGAGUGCCAUCCAGACACCCUGGCAAAACUCAACGAAAUAUCGGAGAAAAUCAAGUCUCGCGCGAAUUCCAGAGCUCCUUCCGUCAAACAUCUUUCCGUGGCAGAUGAGAUUCAAAUCGAAAGUUCCGGAAAAGAUGCUUCACGUGACCCUGGAGCAAGUCAGAAGAUCAAGCCAAUUUCAACAGAUGAAGAAAACGAAAAAGACGACGUUUCAAAAUCUGUCGGGCCUUUGGCGACAGAUGAUGAGAUCAGAAUCAGAAAAACGUGGCACGAGGCGAGAUUCAAGAAAAAUCUUUCGAUGAGGAGUUCCAAGCGCUCGAGGAGGAAAUCAAAACAUACGGAGGUCUCGUCAGACGCGGAUAAUGAAACGGAGGAUGAUUUCAGCACGAUUCCAUCAAGCCAUACUCCUCGAUUUAGAAGUUUUUCUUCAGAAAUGAUGAGCGAAAAACCUCUCCGCCAAGCAUCAGGAACGUCGUUUGAAUUCGAAGACCUGCCGCCACCAGCUCCUGUCCCAACAAAAACCAUCACAAUCGAACAACCAGCGAAAAAUUCCGAGAAACCUCUUCUCUCCAAUUUUUCAUUUGCUCCUUCACUCGAAGCAAAUGAUCAAGGAGGUGUAAAGAUCGGAAUAUUCGAUGCUCCACCGACCCCGCUUUUCGCGAAACGAGCGCUAGAAUUCUUUGCAAAAAAGGAUGAAAAUUGCUUAGGAAUGCAAGCCAUGCGAUUUCCGAAAACAGAGGCGGAAGUUGAAAUCAAGGAAGAGCAUUUUUCCUCUUUAGAAAACUCGGAGACAGAAGAUUCAGCUUUGGGACUCGAUGAGAAUUCAAAAAGCAGCGAUUUGAAAGAAAAAGAAGCUGAAAGUCUUCAUCAACCAUCGAAAACAUCGUUAAGCGCAAUUCAAAAAGCCGUUUCUCAAACUGUCACUGAGAGAGUUUUCGACUUGCUUAAAGAAUACAAAGCUCCAUCACCAAAUCAGGAUGACAGUAAGGAAGAAGCGAAAGAAGAAGGCAACGUUCUGUUCGAAAGAUUGGUGAAAAAAUGUCUCGAAGCUUGA